GUAGAGGGAGGUUGUGUGUGUGUGUGUGACGCUCCUAGCUGGCCAACACCGCUGCCACCUCCCAGUGUAACUCACUCCACAAAUUGGAAAACAUUUCUAGUAAAAAAUAACCACUGCCUUGCGUGACCUACCUGUGACAGUGGCUUCAUCUGUGCGAUAAACUGAACUGACUUUACUGGCCAAUGAAAUUGAUGGUAAAAACGAGAGGAAAAGUUUUCACAAUCUCAAAAUGGUAUAAAUAUUCAAAUGACAAAUGAACAGGAAUAACGUAAGAAAAAAAAAUGAUUCAUCCUGACACUCUACCUAAGACAUGGCACAGGCAUCAUAUGACGUACAGAGCAGAGAGAGACAUGUGUGAGUGAGAAGGCCACCACCAGGAAGCAGCAGGAAACAUUGGUGCUCAGGAAACAAGACUUGGCAUCCAUCACUGAGGGAGAAAGCAAGGAGACGGAACUCUUGUGUGUAUCCCCCACCCCCACGCGGUCAUUCACCCCGUCGUUAACAUCAGGACUGAGAAGAUGGGAGGUCAUGGUGGUGUUGGGACGUUUACAGCCACCUUCACCUUCGCCUGCUGCCUCGUUGCCUUCUGUGUGGUGAGAGGUAACGACACGACCAAGCCAGACAAGACGACCACGGGGGUAGAACAGAGCUUAAGCUAUAGCCGGCAAAAGGAGCAACAACGACAACAGAUGAAGGGGCUGGCUAGUAUAAGUCUCGGGCAGGUGAAGGGGCUAGCUAGUAUGAGUGACGGGCAGGUGAAGGGGCUAGCUAGUAUGAGUGACGGGCCCUUCAUCAGCGAGGAGGAGAGUGACAGUGUACCUGAUGGGCCGUACUUCCUCAAGAACCCAGCUACUCUCGUCACCGUCCGGGCAGGUCAAGCUGCUUCCCUCACCUGUAUAGUUAAACAGCUGGGCAACAGACAGGUGUCGUGGAUCAGAGGUCGUGACCUACACGUGCUCAGCUCUGGUCAGGUGACCUUCUCGUCUGACUCUCGCAUCAGUGUGUCGCACGUGAAGGACUCCUGGACGCUCACCAUCAGGUACACUCAACCCCGCGACGCUGGCUCCUACUCCUGCCAGGUGAACACCCAGCCGCUCAUCGCCUCCUGGUACAACCUUACUGUUGUAGAGGCGCGGGCCAACAUCCUGGGGAAGGAGACCAUGUACGUCCAGUUUGGCAGUACUGUCACCCUCGAGUGUGUCAUCAAGGAGGAGCUUGUUAUCCCAGGUCUGGUACUAUGGUACCAGGAUGACCGGCUGGUAGACCGAGACUCGAGGAGGGUGAAGGUGGUGACACAGGUAGCCAACGUGACCACCAGCACCCUGACGGUGACGACGGCAGCCCAGCAGGACUCCGGCAACUACUCCUGCUGGCCCUCGUCAGGACGACCCGACAGUGUCCUCGUCCACGUCAUACAAGGGGAGCCGCCGGCCGCCAUGCAGCACGGUAACUCAGCCGCCUGGGUGUCGACACUCCUGCUGGUGCCUGCCACUCUCACCUCCCUCCUCUUCCUCCUGACGUGACACUGACUCGCCCACCACCACAACCACCAGCCUCCACAGCCUUCACUACAGGAGCGUCCUCACCUUACACCUACCAACACCAUGCUCCACCGUCGCUGUUAUUUGCAAAAGGUCUAAGUAUGAGCCCACACAAGGCGCCACUGUACCAGAACCAAGACUACUCUAUACGGAACAAUUUCUUCUACAUUCAGAUGUUUAAUAGCAUUGAAAACACUAAAAAUUUUAAUGUGUUUUUUUUUACUCGAAAUGUCAGAAAAUUUGUUACUAGAAAAAAUUUGAUCUCCCCAAAAUUAAUUGAUAUUCUCUCAUCUUUUGGUACUAAGAAUGAAACCUAAAGAGUGAAUCAUACUGCUUUUAAUUCAUGUCCGGCUUGCACCCACGCGCAUGGACACGCACGUAAGUUUGUGUACCUUGAGUGAAGGAAGUUUUUAAACUAACUUACGAUUAGUUUUCCCGCACCUUUCAAAAAUAUUAUGUGCUACUGCUCUAACUCUUACUGUAGUACGAGGCAGAGAUUUACUUGUGUGUUCGAGAUACAAAGAACACACGCAUUAUCUGUUUCUGUGGAUAUGUGAUAUUUACUUGGGUGUGCGAGUGUUAGCAGCAGCUUAUGACAGGACUAUGAACAGCACCGUCACGCCACAAGUAUGAUGACAAAAAACACUGCCAAAACUGAUUAUUGAGCAGUAAACAGUGAGGCAUUAGUGUAAAUCUACGUGUGUACAGCCCGGUGGUGCGUGAGUGAUGACGUGAACUAGUGAGUGGAUCCAGUCACCAUCAUCACUACCUGGUCACAUUUAGUGUUAAGCUCAACCAUAUCAAUACAUUCCAUCACUCAACCAUAUUGGUUAAUGGGAAAUGAAGUUAAAAGACUCGUGUUGAUAAUGUGAAUCUUAAAUUGAAAAACAAAACAAAAAUAAGUACUUGGGUGUGUUUGUCACCCCGGUGUUCUAGUGCACGACACCAACAUGCAGCAGCAGACAGUCACACAAGCAGGGUGAGGAGCUGAAACAAGCAAAUCUAACCAUUAAGUACUCGGGUGUUUAUGUACGAAUAAUGUUUAUCAUCACACGACACGACCGAACAAGAGAGAGUCUUACAGGUACCGUGAGACCGAACAAGAGAGAGUCUUACAGGUACCGUGAGACUGUCUUAAUCUACAGCGUCAAGCAGUGAAAAUUAUCUCCAACAGCGACGACUGUAACUGCCCCGAGGAGGAGGAUGGUUCACAGAGUCCCAGUGACAGCCCGUGUGUCUGUUAUCUCUAAGGUAAUAUCGCUCACCACACGGCUCUCAAUUUAUGACUUUGAUACAAAAAUUAUUGUAAUUUUAUACAAAGCAUUUUUUUUAUAAACAUAAAUGUAUGUAA